GCUAGCAGCUGCGAGGAUAUUACUUUACCUAUGUGUCGUGGCUUGGUUCCAUAUAGCCAAACUCUUUUACCAAAUGAAUUUGGACACACAACACAGAGGCAGGUUUACCGGGCACUGGAAUAUUUAUGGCCAUUUAUGGACAUCGGUUGCAGUCGGAAUUUUAGAGUGAUGGCGUGUGGAUUGUAUCUUCCCAAGUGUCCAACUGGAGGUCAGAGAAUGGGAUUUAAACCUUGCAGAGAAACUUGCAAAAAGGCCAGACGAUGCAGGCGGAGGUUAACAGAACUGCAAUCGACCUGGCCAAGAGAAUUUAAAUGCCCUAAACUCAAACCGAAAAGUUCUGGAAAAUGUAUUGAACCA